AUGGCCAUUUGGUUAAAUGCCUUGACUCUAAUCUCUGCAGUUGUUGCAACGUCCAAGAAGAAUGCCUGUGUCUCUCUGGUGUUUGCUUUCCUUUAUAAGGUAGUUCAGGUGUUUUCUGAGUAUUUUAAAGAGCUGGAAGAAGAAAGUAUUCGUGAUAAUUUUGUUAUAAUCUAUGAGCUACUUGAUGAGCUAAUGGACUUUGGUUACCCACAGACUACAGACAGCAAGAUCCUGCAGGAGUACAUCACACAGGAAGGUCAUAAGCUGGACACUGGGGCUCCCCGUCCACCAGCAACAGUUACUAAUGCUGUAUCUUGGAGAUCAGAGGGGAUUAAGUAUCGGAAAAAUGAAGUGUUUCUCGACGUUAUUGAAUCUGUCAACCUAUUGGUUAGUGCUAAUGGAAAUGUGUUACGUAGUGAAAUAGUAGGCUCUAUCAAAAUGAGAGUAUUUCUAUCGGGCAUGCCAGAGUUGAGGCUUGGUCUAAAUGACAAAGUGUUGUUUGAAAACACAGGCCGAGGGAAAAGCAAAUCUGUGGAAUUGGAAGACGUGAAAUUUCACCAAUGUGUACGUCUCUCUAGAUUUGAAAAUGACAGAACCAUUUCUUUCAUUCCCCCUGAUGGAGAGUUUGAGUUGAUGUCCUACCGUUUGAACACACAUGUCAAGCCUCUGAUCUGGAUCGAGUCAGUGAUUGAGAAGCACUCCCACAGUCGAAUAGAGUACAUGAUUAAGGCAAAAAGUCAGUUCAAACGUAGGUCGACAGCCAACAAUGUUGAGAUCCACAUUCCAGUCCCAAACGAUGCAGACUCGCCCAAGUUUAAGACCACGGUGGGUAACGUGAAGUGGGUGCCAGAAAGCAGUGAAAUAGUGUGGUCAAUCAAGUCAUUUCCGGGUGGGAAGGAAUAUCUGAUGAGAGCGCACUUUGGGCUCCCUAGUGUGGAAGCUGAAGACAAGGAGGGAAAGCCACCCAUCAGUGUGAAGUUUGAAAUUCCCUACUUUACCACUUCAGGAAUACAGCUUUUUGAUGGCGAGCCUUCCAAGUUUCCAUCCUCAGCCCUGACAUCCGUAUCUGUUGGUAGUGCACUCGUCUUUGAAUCGCGAGCUCCUAGUUCCAAGAGUGUGAGCUGAAAAUUUGAGACUAUGUAUACAUCGGCCAUUGUGUUUCUUACACUAGACCAGUUAUUACAUUUAAAACAAAAAAUGUUUUGAGACACCUGGUAGUCAUGAAAAACACUAUACAAAUCUACGUUUUUCUUUCUUGUGUGAAGAAAUUUGCAGAAACAUUGUGUCAUUUAUAUGUUUAUAAUAUGUUGAUAAUAUAUAAUAUGUAAUUUAUGUAUCCGCACAAAGAAACUUAAAGCAUUUCACAGUGAUUGUCACUUGUCCAGUCUAGUCAAGCAAUUCAGACCAAGAGCUUGGGACUCUUGUACAUUAAUCUACCUUAAUGUAGACUGUGGCCAGGGCUUCAUGGCAGUAACAAAGUUUGA